AGAACUCGCCUGCUGUAAAAGGAAUUAUUGGUCGAAAAGCAUUCAGCAGUAAAACAUGGUCUUGUGUGAAGCAGCGUUCAGCUCACGUGUUUAAUAGGAACCACAAUUGGAGAGUUUGCAAGGUAACUCACGACUUGAAAUAGGCUUUGGUAAACUGGCCACUUUGUCCCACCUGGACGAGUCGAAAAUCGUUCUGAUAAUGAAAUGUGCAAAUUCUGUGUCGCAUUGUUAUGCGCAGAAGAGAUCAAAGUGACCUGUAGCUACUCAACGCUUUUAAAAGGCGUGGAUGGCGCGACUCCGCGGGGAGGGGGAGGAGGAGGUGCGCCUGCCCCGGAGGGGCGCCGGGCCCGUCAGCCGCCACUUCCUCACCGACAUCGUGUGGUUCAACGCCGCCGGCUUCCUCGCGCUGCACGCCGCGGGGCUGAUCGGCGUGGUCGCCGGCCUGCUCUGGGCCAAGCUUCUCACCGACCUCUGGGCGUUUCUUCUCCUGUUCCUCACGGGACAGGCGGUGGUGAUCGGCGCUCAUCGCCUGUACGCCCACCGCGCCUUCAAGGCCGCGUGGGUCCUGCGUCUGGCGAUUGUGCUUCUUCACACGAUGGCGGGCCAGAACAGCCUGUACGAGUGGGUGCGCGACCACAGGCAGCACCAUCGCUACAGCGACACGCACGCCGACCCGCACAACAUCCACAGAGGGUUCUUCUUCUCGCACGUCGGCUGGCUCAUGAUGAGAAAGCACCCGCUCGUCGUCGAGAAGGGCCGCGCCAUCGACAUGUCCGACAUCGAGGAGGACCUGCUCGUCAUGCUCCAGAAGAAGUAUUAUAAAUUUCUCUACGUAAUAUGUGCUUUCCUCGUCCCUGUGGGAGUUCCUGUAGUCCUGUUCGGAGAGAACAUCUUCACGUCGAUAUGGGUGUGCUUCUUUGCGCGCUACGUAGCGCUGCUGAACAUCACGUGGUCCGUCAACAGUCUGGCCCACAUCUACGGCUGCAGGCCCUACCACAAGGGCAUGAUGGCGCGGGACCACCCUCUGGUCGCCUGCCUCACCUGGGGCGAGGGCUGGCACAACUUCCACCACUGCUUCCCGUACGACUACCGGCCCGGCGAGCUGGGCUGGGUGCUGGACGUGAGCGGCCGGCUCGUCGAGCUGCUGGAGCGCUGGGGGCUGGCCAGCGACCUCAGGACCGCGUCCCCCGCCGCGGUGCUCCGGCGCGCCGUCAUUUGCGGCGACGGCAGCCACCCCGCGGCGCCGACCCCGUAGACAGCGGCCAAGCCCGCGACUAGAGUCUCUGCCACCCGGGGCAUGAAUGGAUUCAUGCGCCCCCCCCCCCCUCCCCCCGCCACCGCCUCUUUUUUUUUGCACAUACCACACCAAUAAAGCCGGGGGGGUCCCGGGGAACCCUCCCACGGAAAAAAAAAUUGGUGCUAUUUAAGCAUUUUCCCCCAUACCUACACGUAACAGUUUCAGUGCUACUGUAACUUCCAUGCAUGAACCCACUAUGUCCAUAAAGUAGUCCGUAUAAUCACUAGACUUAAAUAAUUAAAUUGUCGUCAUUAAUGUUUUUUUAAAGAUUCAAAUUCAACUUGCGUGACCCUUUUUUGCAGCAAAGAUUUUGAUGAUAUCAUCAUAACAAAUAGAGGAUGCUCUUACUCACAGACAGUGGUACCACCCUCUCUGACAACAUUGGACUGUAUUCGUAUAGAGGACGCAUUAAUUAAAACUUUCUAACUUCUCCCUUUACAAUUUUUCAUGUUAAUGAUGAAUUUAACAUUUUUCUCAGAGUAUUUUAAAAUAAAUAUGUUGAGAAGUUAUAUUGUAAAUCAGAUUAGACAUUUCCUGGCAUGCAAGUUAAAAAAAAAAAACUUUUUUACCAGUUACCAGUUGUAGUAGGAGAAUUACAAUGCAAGAGCGAUUUCGGGGCCCCCACAGGUUUGCGCCCGGGGCGUAUGCCCCGCUUGCCCCCCCACCCCCCACCCCCACCCCCCUCCUAGUUGCGGCCCUGACAGCGGCGCAGCUGCCCGCUCCUUCUGCAGCUCCCGUGCCUACAAGUUUCAAACAACAUAUUUUUGCAUACUCCUCGACACAAAAAUAUAAACAAUCAUGUAUCUAUAAACGAGUCAUAAUUCAACCAAAAUCCCUUCGGCUACAUAUGGAAUAAAGGUUUUCUGACGUUUGAACUCUAACCUCUCGUGAAUGGAACGGACGUCGCAUGGAAAGGAAGUCGCGUGGAACGGAAAUGUGAAGCCGCGGUGCUGCCAUCUGUGGCGGAUGGCGUCAACCAACGUUCACGAAACCAAAAAGGAAAUAUGUAUUAUAUACUUCAUCUCUUUUAACCAGAUAUAUAUAUUACACUUUGGUACAUCUUUUCACUGUUUGUAUGUCACCUAUAUGCUCAUUAUUAAAAUAUGAUGUUAUAUUCAUUAUGUUUAUACAAUAAAUAUUUAUGUUUUGUGUUUUUUUUUUAUUAUCUGGUCAAUGAAUACAAGUAGAUUACUUUAAUUUCAGUUUCGGGGCUGAGACAAGAUUUCAGGAAACUCGUCUUCGUGCUUCGGAAUAAACACUUUUUUUUUUUUUAAUAUGUUUACAAACUAGAAUGAAAGAAGAUUAAAAUGUAUUUAUAAUUAAUAGUGGAUACGACCAAAAUAUUUAAACUCGAAAUAUUUAAACUUCGUAUUAUAUAACUUGAUGAACUAAGUAUCAGGCGUUGCCCUGUAUCGAUUCUGUAUUCAUCAUUAAAUUCGGAAGCUGUAAAAGAUAAUGAUCCUUUAUUCUCAACCAGCAAUUGCGUACAGCUAAUUUAAACCAAUAUCCCUCAUUGUAAGAAUCAUCAAUAAACUGAGGAAUUUUUUAUCUACCAUCUGGGGAAUUCACUCAGUUACAAAUAUCUAGUUUUUUAAACCACGUUGAGGUGUCUUCCCUAAUAAAGUUUUAAAAUGUACGAGAGGAAAAAAAUUAGAUUCAACCUCCAAAUGCGUAUUUUCUUACAAUGCUUGCAGACUCUUUAAUACGCUGUAGCAUUUCAGUGAAGUGUCGGAAAAAGUAUAGUCAUUUUCUUUUGGUGCUUUUUUCAACGAGAUAUCAUUACUCACUUUUACGUUAACGUGUAAGGCGGUUUUGAUUAAAAAAAAGACUGAUUUUUAUAAUAUGUCUUUAAGAGACACUAUAAGCAUUUACAAUUACUGUUUUGUUUUUCGGAAAUAUUAAAUGCUGUUUACAUAAACAUUAAAUAUUAAAACUCAAUGAAGAAAUUGUGAACGGUAAACCCCUACCAACUGACAAUUUAUCAGCAAAUUGCGGUAACUAAUUCAAGCCCCUCUUAGGGCAGUAUUUCAAGACUUUCGGGUAAGGUAGAGAAUAAACGCUGCCUUGUUGGAAUGCAACCGUGACCUAACUCGCGAGCCGUAUUCCAGAACGUGUCAAAAUCAAAUCCCAGUAAUCAAACCAAUCGGCAACAGUUUUAAUAAACGGUGCCCUACGUGAGGCUAGAAACUGGUUUCAACGUAUUCUAGCGGACGUUUCGUAAUCAUCGGUACAAUUUUUACGGCAAAAAUACUAAAGAUAGCAACACCAUCGCACAAAAAUAUAAUCGCCUUUAUAAUUUUCUCAAGUAUUUUUUAAGUUGCAAUUAUUUCUUGUUAUGGCCAUCAAAGAAUACAAAAUGUAUUCCAGAAUAGUUUCGCUAUCAUAAAGUUCAGUUUGGCACAUCAACACGCUUGGUACGUCCCCCGAUGAUCAAAAAGUGAAGGUUUCAUAUACGAGUUAAUGGCGCCAGACCCCGGUACGCCAUCUGGGCGAAAUCAAGGGAAAAGUGAGCUCUGAGCAUGAGCGGAAUUUGGGCAACCGAAAUCUGUUCCCUAAAAAUAAAGGACUGGCUAUGUCUUAUCGUGCUCUAGGAAUAGGGUUAGGGCACAGGUGUAGCAUAUUCAACACUUAAAACCUUACUUUUGUGUCAAUACCGGCCUUAGAGCAUUGCAAAACAAAUGUCAAGAAGCAACGUUCGACCAAUCCAUCUCAUUUGUUAUCUACAUGCUUAAGUAUAUUAUUGCUUUUUUGUCGGGAAGAGUGCUUGAAACAGAAGUUAACCGGGUAAUUAAACUUCCACAAUGGUAACUUGACGAUUUAUGUUCAAGAAGCACUUGCUGCUAGUUUUUCGCUGCAUGAAGACCGCAGACGGGUGCAGAAUGCUGAAUUUUCAAACUGGAUUUAUGCUUGUUUUAGCAAAUCAGGUAAGACCAGGUAAUCUAAUCUGUUUGUAGCAGUAUAAAAUUGCGCCAGCUACACGGUAGUUUCAUUUUUCGUCUCAGUGGAAAAUGUUCAAACAGUAACGAACCGGGUGUUUCAGUAGGCAGAAUGCGACAGCUUUCAGAUCUUCAUCUAUAUUCUUAAAAUUAAACAUUUAAUUUUUCCUUUAAGUCUGUCUGUCAAUGGUAUAAUAAGUUACAUACAGUAGAAUAGACAUGUUUAGUAUUGAUAAAAUUGUUAAAGUUAGUUCAUCUCUGCUUGGUCGUUCGAAAUGGUUCUUAUUUGUAAUUUUUAUUUGUAUGGACUUUAUAGAAUCUGCAAUAAUGAUACAAAGAAAAAAGUACUAGCACGUCUAAAGUUAUGACGAAUUUACUGGAGAUAAUGGAACUUUUUCAGUUUAUCUCCUCAUACACAUGACAUGAAUUGAGUGAUGUAGCAAAGUGUGAAGACACUCGACUCACCAUCUCAAGGACUCCAUUGCAAAUACCUGUGUGGUCAUUCUGAUUUCCGCUUAACGUGGUUUUCCGGAAAUUGGUUGAGUAGUGGUGGGGGACCACCCCAGAGACAGAAAACAAACAACAAAAACGUUAUUUGUUAAGUUGAUGAACAACAAAAUAAUUAAACACGUACGGUUAGGCUACUACUCCUACUGAUGUGGCAGAAAUUUUGUAAGUCUAGCCAAGCUAGUGUAGACUUGGCAUAGAAACACCUAUUUAGGCGAGGCAUAUUAUGCUGUUUUAUACACAACUCAACGUUUUGAAUACAGCUGAAAAAGUUAUCUGCAUGUUGCCAGUCACGUACAGUUAGUACAAUUAUUGUAGCAGAUAGCACCACUUAAUUAAAAAUAUAUAUAUUCCCUAUAUAAUAACUUAUGAUAAUUUACAUACUAGCCACUAAUUCGGCAUGUUUUAUUUUCAACCUUCUAACUAUUUUGUUUGAUCAAAUUAUACGUUUUCUCCUAGAAACCCUUUUUAUCCUCAUAUUUUGGUAUAUUUCAAAACUUGGUGCCGUCUUGUCUUCUCUGUCGCUUUUGUUUAUCUCCUUCAGUGAAUUCCCGUGAUGUUUUUUCUGUCGUCAAACGACUUUAAGUAUAUUCGUUGUUCUCUAUGUUUGUACUAACUAUGUGUUACUUGCCUUACUUCUGCGUUUUCCUCCAUUCGAUUUUGCUAGUUUUGCAUUCAUGUUUUGACCGUGAUCAUUUGUUGGAUCAUUUUUUGACCUUAUUUACUAUUUUGCUGAUAAGAAUUUUACAAUAUAUUUUUACUAUGACUAUAUAUAUAUAUUUUUAGUUUGUUUCUGCCAUAUUUGUAAUGACUAUUAAACUGUUGUGGUCUAUGUUGAUACCUACAUAUGUCUUAUUCAUUUUGUUUCGUUCUGUGGGUUUAAAAGCUUGUGUGGUGUUUUAGUUACAUAAUUCAUUAUUAUUUACUCUUGCUAGUCAAUGGAAAUCUUUCUUAUAGAAAUAUUAGGUGCAAGUAAAUUACGAGAGUGUUAAAAAUAAAGAUUUU